CCGGGCCGGGCCGGGGGCAGAGGCGGUGAAGGCCGCGGGCAGCAGCGGCAGCGCCAUGCCGUUCGUGGAGCUGGACACCAGCCUGCCGGCCGAGCGGCUGCCGCCGGGGCUGGCGCAAACCCUGUGCGCCGCCACCGCCGACAUCCUGGGCAAACCGGCGGAGCGCGUGAACGUGACGGUGCGGAGCGGGCUGGCCAUGGUGCUGUCGGGCUCGGCCGAGCCCUGCGCGCAGCUGGCGGUCUCGUCCAUCGGCGUGGUGGGCACGGCGGAGCAGAGCAAGGCGCACAGCGCCCGCUUCUUCGACGUGCUGACGGCGCAGCUGGGCCUCGGCCCCGAUCGGAUUGUCAUCCGCUUUUACCCUCUGGAGCCCUGGCAGAUUGGCAAGAACAGGACAGUCAUGACAUUCCUGUGAUCCUUGGAGCAGCUGCUGGAACAAGGCCAUGAUGAAGGCAACCCAGAGAUCAUCAGCUCUGUCUGUCUGCUUGUUUCCUCCUGUGAUCCAAUCUGUGUAGCUCGAUUCACUUUUGUCUUUGCAUCCUGUGCACACAAAGCUCAAGAGUGAGGCAAUCCACUGAUUUUACUGAAAUAGUUCAAAAUCUUUGUCUCAAGCUCAGGCCUAGACAAAGCUGCUUGUAGCAGUAAAAAGUUUAAUUCUAGAACACAUGGCUUUACUGAGGACCAGAAAGGUUCUGAGGUUUAUCUAGUUUUUCUCAUAAUUUGCAAGGCAGAAAAAAAUCCUUUUUUCUGUUUCUCUGUGGCAGCAGAAGGGUCUCAGGCCAGUGAAGAUGACCUGGAAGUCAAAUUCUUUUCUUUUUCAGGCUCCCCUGAAAGCCCUUUCUGGAAAGAGAGGGGAUUAUCGGGAGAGAAGUUUAGGCAUUGAGGGCUCAUGUCAGAUCUUGUGCUCUGCCCUUGCCACCUCCUGUGACUGCUCCUACAAAGUGUUAUUUGUUCACAAGGUUUCCAGGGCUCAAUGUCUGUCUGCUGAUGGCAGUGGCUGGAGGAGAGAGUCUCUUCUGAAGACCUGCACUGUGCCACCAGAAAAUGUUUGGAUGUUUCUGCUACUGUCAGCUUUAAUUCCUGUUAUUCACUGUUUGUCCAGAGUCCUUUCUCUUGCUGUUAUGGGGAGUUUUGGGAUGAUAAAGCAUCUCACUGUGAUCUGUGGCUGAUAUUUCUGGCUCACUGUCCCUGUAGAGAAGUGUUUUGGGUUUUUAGGACCCAUAUACUCCCCCACUUUAUAAGUAGAAUACCCAGGGCAUUUCAUUAUAACAAAAGCAGGGUACUUUUUGUGUACAAUGUUGCCUCUGCCUUCUGCUGCUAAUAAAAUAAUUUAUCAGUUCCCUUUCACUUUGUGACUUGGUCAGGGGGAGGUCAGGGAGCUCAGGGCACAUCCCUUGGACAUGGGGGUGCAAGAGAAUAGGAAGCUGAAGGGGCUUCUGUGCUCCUUCACCAUUCUAAAUGGGGUUUUAUUUGUUUAUGGCUUGAGGUAUCAUUACCAUUUAAAAGUUGUUUGUUCCCUAUACACCAUAAAUAACUUCUAUGUUUGACAAAUCUGACAGGAAUGCAAUACCAAACACCAAUUUGUGUAUCAAGCUGGGGGCUACACCUUAUCUGGUUAAUAAACUCUCACAAAGCUUC